UUUUAUGUAUGUCUAAUCGGAUUGCUGCUGAUCUUGCUUUCCACAGCUUUUCACCCUCACACACUGCGAGCUACUCUCAGAGACAGACGACGCCUCAAAAAACAUGGCGGAAACCCCAACUGAAACCCUAGAUAUCUCUGCCCAAGCACCUUAUAUCUUCGAAGACGCUACCAAGAAAAAUGAAGACCAACUCAUGAACGAUAUCCCUAACUCGAAGGAUGGUUCCCGGUCCGACUCUUGCACAGAUUCAGACUCUGACGAUGAUGACGAAGCCAAACAGAGCCUCGAAAUUCAAGCUCUUCAAAUUGAACUCUCCAACAACCCAUCUAAUUACGAUGCUCAUGUCCAAUACAUAAGAGGUCUAAGGAAGCAGGGAGAUAUAGAGAAGCUAAGGCUAGCUAGGGAAGCUAUGGGCGCCAUAUUUCCUCUGAGCCCUGACAUGUGGCAGGAAUGGAUUAAAGAUGAAAUGUCACUUAGCUCCGGAUCUGAGGCUUUCCAGGCUGUUCAAAAGUUAUAUGAACGUGGAGUGUCUGAUUACCUGUCUGUGGCUUUAUGGUGUGACUACUUAAUUUACGUUCAAGAGCAUGACCCAUCAGUGAGGUCAUGUUCCGUAGAUGGUAUAUCAAAAGCACGGAAUCUCUUUGAACGGGCCCUUACAGCUGCUGGUUUGCAUGUCACUGAAGGUGGCAGGAUAUGGGAGUUAUAUAGGGAGUUUGAACAAGCCGUUCUUUUCACAAUUGAAGGAACUGAUCCCGAGGUGAGGGACAAGCAGGUCCAACGAAUUAGAAGUUUGUUUCACCGACAACUGUCUAUCCCCCUUGCGGACAUGAAAAAUUCUCUUCUAGCAUACAAGGAGUGGGAAGUUGAACAGGGUGGUAAUAUUGAUGUCAACUCUAGUAAUUUGGAUGGACUUCCUUCACAUGUGGCAUCUGCAUAUAAAAAAGCCUUAGAGAUGUUGAAUGCCCGACUUAACUUUGAGGGUCAAAUAUCAAACAAAGAUGCAAAUGAGGCAGACCGACUUCAACAAUUCAUGUCUUAUUUGAAAUUUGAGCAGUCAGCUGGGGACCUGGCUAGGACUCAGAUAUUGUAUGAACGCGCUGUAACUGACUUUCCAAUUUCUUGUGAUAUCUGGCUUAGCUAUACUCUCUACAUGGGCAAAACCUUGAAGACUUCCAGGAUUGUGAGAGACAUUCAUCAUAGGGCCACGCGGAACUGUCCUUGGUCUGGAGAAUUGUGGACUCGCUAUCUACUAUGUCUUGAACGGAAUCGUGCUUCUGAGGAUGAACAAACCACUGUUUUUGAGAAGUCACUUCAAUGUACUUUCCUAAGCAUUGAAGAGUAUCUUGAAGUUUUUCUCACAAGAGUUGAUAGCUUAAGGCGGAGAAUGUCUUCAACAGGAGUUGGCACUGACUUGGGUUAUACAAUGAUACAUGACACAUUUCAGCGUGCAUCAGAUUAUUUAUCCCCACAUCUGAAGAAUACUGAAAAGUUAAUACAGAUGCAUAGCUACUGGGCUCAUUUAGAGGCGAACCUGGGAAAACAAUUAAUUGCUGCUGAUAGUGUUUGGGAAAACUUACUUAAGUUCUGUGGAUCUAUGCUAGACGCCUGGAAAGCCUAUAUAUCCAUGGAAAUAGAGACGGGUCAAUUGAGUAAAGCUAGGUCACUGUACAAGAGAUGUUAUAGCAAAAAAUUCCCAGGGACAGGCUCAGAGAAUCAUUCAGGACAUAUGCCAUUCUUGGGUUCGCUUUGAGAGAGAGUACGGUUCCCUGGAAGACCUUGAUUUUGCUGUGCAAAAGGUUACUCCUCGUCUAGAAGAGCUGCAGCUUUUUAGGCUACAGCAGGAGAGCAAAAAUAGUUGGACAUCAUCUGAACUGAGGGAGAAUAUUGUUCAGAAAGGAACGAUUGAAAAGAGAAAACCACUCUCAGAUGCAAUAGAUGAAAGGCCUGCAGCAAAACGUCGUAAAGAGAAGGCCAAUAAUUCCAAGUCCACCGAGGAAAAGGGGAAAACUAAGGCUAUUGACUUGCUUGGUGCAAUCAAAAUGGAUGUGGUUGUAGAAGAAAUAGAACAAGCAGGUACAAGCAAGAAAGAAAAGGAACAUGUAUCGUCCGGAAAGCCAAAACAGUACACUGACCAGUGCACUGCAUUUGUCUCCAACCUUAGCCCCAAGGCGAAAUAUGAUGACCUACAGAAGUUCUUCAGUGAUGUUGGUGGAGUUGUUGCUAUUCGAAUACUGACAGACAAGUUCACUGGAAAAUCAAGAGGAUUAGCCUAUGUGGAUUUUUGUGAUGAUGCACACCUGGUAGCAGCUCUGGCAAAGAAUAAGCAAACACUGCAUGGAAAGAAUCUGAGCAUUUUGAAGUCAGAUCCUCGGCAGAAAAGAGGAAAAGGACUGGCCCCAAAAAAUGCGGAUCAUGUUGGUCAAGUAUCAAAAUCAGAUCCCAAGGAUAGUGCUGAAGUUUCAAAUCAGAGUCGAGUGCCUAAAAGAGCCCCUUCAGUUGAUACACAGGGAGAUAAAAUCCAGCUGAUGGGUAAGAAUAUAUUUGCAAUGCCAAGAGCCGUAAUCAAGAGUAAACAGAAAUCAGAGCAAGUAGCAGAUGAAGGAGGUGACGAGAACCCUAGAUCAAAUGAUGAGUUCCGCAAAAUGUUUCUGAAACCUUGAAAAUGUGGUUAGUUUGCAUAUUAUAUCCAAAUCCAAUCCCCUUUUGGUGGAGAGUAUGAACAGAUGUAAACCCUUUAGAAGCUGAUGAUGAUGAACCCUUCUUUCUGCAUGUGUCUUUUAGGUGGCGAAUCUUUCCAAUUUUGUAAUACAAAAGCAUAUUAUGAAUUUGUUUAUGAAAGUGCCACUGGGUGUUAAUUGUCUCGGUCAAACAUGUUUUGCAAUGUUUCUUUUUGUGCUUUUGGGAAGUUAAGUAAAUAUGUAGUAUUUAAU